GCUCGGCCUAAAGGGGAAGGCCUGACCCCGUAUCAGGGCAAGAAGAGGUGUUUCGGGGAAUACAAGUGCCCUAAAUGCAAGAGGAAGUGGAUGAGCGGGAACUCCUGGGCCAACAUGGGACAAGAAUGUAUGAAGUGCCACAUCAACGUUUACCCUCAGAAGCAGGUAAAUAUUUCAAUUUUUUAUUUCCUAUCCAUGAUAUUAGCCUGGUCUCAGAUCUGUUUGUGCUGUCUUGCAUAUGGGUCUACAUAUGAGACCAGGCUACCAUGACCAUCCAACUGUUCUAUUGGCUCAAGGACAAAGCACAUUAUUUCAACUGAUUGUUGUUUAUUACUGAUCUCUAAACUACUACUUAACAGUUUCUAAACUGCUUAUAAAGCCCUUAAUAAAUCCUAUAAAUAUCUGUGGCCAGGUCUCCCUUGUAAAAGAGGUCUUCGGACCUCAAUGGGACCUGGAUAAAUAAAAGGUUGAAUACAUUUGUGUUUGAAAUAGCUUUAAUGUAAAGUGUGUUACCUGUGUUUCUCUGUGUAGAGACCUCUGGAGAAGCCUGAUGGUUUAGAUGUUUCGGACCAGAACAAGGAACAUCCACAGCAU